UCAGUGAAUUAAGCAAAAAAUCAUGGAAUCAGCAAUAUUUUUCCCUGGCAUUUCCCAAACCACCAAGACCAGGAAAGAAACGGAGAUCACUACCUUCCCAGUUACGAAACAAUACAGCUCCUGUAAUUGAUGAAGAAAAAUUAGGAAUUCACAGACCACCAUUAUGGAUGCACCGUUCUCUGAUGAGAAUUUCCGAGAGACCGUCCGUUUAUUUAGCUGCCAGGAAGGGUCUUCCACCGAAACCAUCUCGUUCUGGCAAGGGGGAGUCUAAAGUAGCAAGCCCAUCCAAAACUUCAUCUUCAGAGAAAACAAAGAAAGAAGAGAAAGAGAAAAAAGAUGAAUCUGAAGCCAAAGAGAAGACAGUAUCAAAGAAAACCAAGGAAGAAAGUGCCAAACAAGCUGUUAAGAAGAGUUCAAAGGAAUCCCAGAAGGAUAAGGUGUCAGUCUCAGAAUCUGAAAGUGAAAAGGCUGAUAAAAAGAAAGAAGCCAAAAAAGGUAAGAAGGAACCAAAGGAUAAAGGAUCAGUCUCAGAAUCCGAAGGUGAAAAGGCUGGUGAGAAGAAAGAGGCCAAAAAAGGUAAAAAGGAG